UAUUGAUAUUGAUAACAUUAAAUUAAGAUGUCCAAUCCCAGCAAUCCUUUUGCUGGCCUACUCGGUGCAUCAGAUGGUAAAGCUACUAACGAAAAUGAUAGUUCAAGUCCUGAACAAUUAGAUGUUGAUUUAAAGCAAUCACAGGAUACAGAGAAGAUAAAAACAAUAAAUAAUAUAGUUCAAAAUGUGUUUCACUUUACAAUAAACUCUAAUGCUGUUGAAGGGCAAUCUGAUAUUCAAUUAGUGUACCUAGAAGAGCUUGCUCAAGCUAUGUACCCACGAAUCCACAUCGACUUAGAAGCAUUAGAACAAGCUCUUUUUGAAAGACUUUUGUUACAAGAAAUCCAGCAAAGUGUAAUUCCUAGAAACUGCACUGCUUUUAAAGAACAUGUUAUACAAAAUCAAGUGUUUCCUUACUUGUUUAGUUCUAUGGAAAAUAUUCUCAGUUACAACCAAUAUGAUAAAUCAUAUAUACGAAGUGCUUUAGAAAAAAUGAAGGAACUUAUUUUUCGAAAUGCAGUUACUGCUCUGAAACAGCCAGCAUUAUUUGAAGGACAGGAUUUUUCUUCACAGCUAGUAGAAAUAUUACAACAUGUUGUACCUCAAAGCCAUACAUUUUUCAAUGAUUUAGUUAAUGCAUUUGUUGCUGAUGGUGAUAAAGACUGUCAAAUGCAAUUAAAAGAUACAAUGAUGCCUGUUCUACAAAAAAUCCACACAGAUAUAAAUAAAUCAAAUUUAAUCAAUCUGCCGAUAUAUAUUUUACCAUCCAUACAACUAUUUGCAAAUAAUACAAAUUUAGCGCAAAUAUUGCUUGAAUCCUGUGAACCAAAGAUUGAAACAAAUGGACGAUUAUACCAGGAUUCUGUGAUUGGUGCCUUGUUGAGUCUUUCUGUUCUCCCUCGCACUGCUACAGGCAUGCCUGAGUUUUUUGACAACCCAUUAGAUCAGGCAGCAACAUCAAUGGUGGAAACUUCAAUUUGGAAUGCAACAUCACAUCUAACAAAUAAUUUACACAAAAUAUUCUUGACUCUUUUAAAAGGAGGACCCCAAAUAAAAAAUAGGUUAUUGUCUUGGAUUGGAAAGUGCCUCAAAACCAAUCUUGCUAGAGGAAAAUUGUGGAAUAUUCAGGCAGAAAUGAACGCAGUUUCAAUGACUUGUGUCUCCGAUGGCUUUAUGUUAAAUCUCGGUGCAGUACUUCUACACUUGUGUCAACCGUUCUGUACAAAGCCUGAUGAUCCAAAGUCACUUAAAAUAGAUCCUACUUAUGGCGCAGUUCCUCCAGAAGAAUGUGCAGCUAAAUCAGUUCAUUUGGAUUGUUUACAUAAUGAAACAUGUUUGUUGCCCGCUCGGGAAUCAGAAGAUGGGCAGGCUAUUAAACGUCCAACAUCCGACACUUACAAUUUUGUGACUGAAUGCUUCUUUAUGACACAGAAGUGCAUUGAUUUAGGUGUACGUGUGUGUUCGGAGAAGCUUUACCGCUGCGGGCAAGAUCUUGGCCGUGCGCAGCGAGCGCUAACCGACGUGUCAGUCGCACACCGCGCCCACGACUCUUUGCGGCGCCGCACGCACUUUCUUAUGACCAAGUUCCUGAGCUACCGCAGCGCGUUGCUGGAGAAGGAAAUGCUGACCAACCUGCACCGGCUGCAGGCGACCACGUGCACGUGGCUGGUGCAGGUGGCCAGCGGCUCCGGCGCGCCGCCGCACGCGCCCGCCGAGACGCGCGCGCUGCGCCUGCCGCUCGCCGCGCCGCCGCCCGACACGCUGCGGUGCGUUCCAGAGUUUGUUCUAGAGAACAUAGUGGUGCUGAUAACGAUGGCGCGACGUACGGUGGGCGCCAUCACCGACGAAGCGGACGUCGCAGGUCUAUUGCAGCCUGCUCUCACACUCGUUCUUACUUUCAUGGGUGAUUCGAGUAGGACGUAUAAUCCGCAUUUGAGGGCUCGCCUUGCAGAAUGUCUUGAAGCAAUGCUUCCAAAUCAUCCCGAUGACCAGCAGCCUUUGAGUAAUAUAGCAUCGUUUUAUAGAGAGCAACUUUUUAAAGAACACCCACAUCGAUCUCAGCUUGUUCCCUGCCUUCUGGAUGUAUUUGUCGGUAUAGAAAUGACUGGGCAGAGUGUGCAGUUCGAACAGAAGUUUAACUAUCGCCGACCCAUGUACCUUGUAAUGGAUUUCUUAUGGGGUAUUGAAGAACAUCGGGACGCCUUUAUGAGGUUGGCUAGAGAAGCCGAAACUAACAUGGAAGCUGUACACCCACCAUUAUUUUUACGUUUUGUUAAUUUAUUAAUGAAUGAUGCUAUUUUCUUACUUGAUGAGGCACUUGGAAACAUGGCACAAAUACGGACAAUGCAGACUGCACAGGAGUCGGGCGCGUGGAACUCGCUGUCUGCUGCGGAGCGCGAGCAGAACGUCGCCAGCCUGGCGCACACGGGCAUGCUGGCGCGCUUCGACAACAUCCUGGGCCGCGACACCGUGCGCGCGCUGGUGCGGCUCACGGCGCUCGCGCCGCGCGUCUUCUGCCACCCCACGCUGGUGGAGCGCAUCGCCUCCAUGCUCAACUACUUCCUGCUGCACCUCGUCGGGCCCAACAAGAAGAACUUCAAGGUAAAAGACAUGAAAGAGUACGAAUUUGAACCGGCUAAUACGGUGCUGGACAUCUGCCGUAUGUACGUCGAGCUCGGGAACAAUGAACGUUUCUGUGCCGCGGUUUCAGAUGACGGCCGGUCUUAUUCACCACAACUGUUCACACUGGCCGAGGCUGUUUUAGUACGUAUCGGAGGCGGUGGUCUAAUAAGUUCUUUACAAGAAGUAGCGAAUCGCGUGAGCGCUAUAGCCGAACAGAGACAACGAGAUGAGGAGAUACUUGCGAACGCGCCCGAGGAGUUCCUGGACCCCAUCAUGAGUACCAUCAUGUUGGAUCCCGUGAUACUACCCAGUUCAAGGACCACGGUAGACCGAACUACGAUCGCUAGGCAUCUUCUAAGUGACCAAUCUGAUCCAUUCAAUCGCUCACCGCUAUCUAUGGAUCAAGUGAAAUCAAAUACAGAACUGAAGGAAAGAAUACAUGCAUGGAUUAAUGAGCAGAAACAAAACAACAGGACUGGUACCUCUUAAAACUACAGCUUUUUAUAUAUUUACAUUUUAAAAACUAGAUAAGCUAGAAAGUUUCAUGUCAAUAUUAUUGUCGUUUGUAAUUUUUGUAAAACUCAUAAUCGUAAGAUUUUAAACUACCCGCAAUGAUUGUCUUAUUCCUGGUAUGCUAAAUUGUUUUAACAAAUAUUUAACGGAAUUCUUUCUGUAGUUUAAUUAUUUUCGUGAAGGUUUUCUACUGUAUUCAAAACUGUUAGGUUCCUUCUAGCUAUCUCUCUUAUAAAAAAUAAAUUAGAUGUUUAAAAACUAAUGAGACCAAUAAACAUACUGUCUUACUAAUACAGAAUAUCAAAAAAUUCAUAAAUAAUAAAAACCGUGACAGAGUUCCGUUCUACAAAAAAAAUAGAAGAAAAAAAUAGUUUUUUUCGAGAAACUUGGUGGACUUCUAAAAAUAAGUCUAUUUUACUCUGUGUCAAUGCAAUUGCAUAUUUCGGUAUGAAGCAAAUCAAGCAGCACAGACUACACAAGAAUCGAUUGUUAUACAUAUGAGGUUAACCUCUACUAUGGAGGGCAGAGGAAAGGAGAACCGCUGAGUUCAAAUAUUUGUAAAUUUUCAUGAGUAAAGUAGUUUAUAGUAGAAUGCCAGUACCUAUAUAAAACUAUUUACGUAGUCUAAAAUGAUUUAAUAAAUAUAACCAAAAUACUGCUGUGAGAAAA